AUGAAGAAUCUAUGCACAGUCCACUGGCCACAUACCUUCAAUCCAUCUGAAGAGGACAUGGGGAACAGUUUUGGAUCUAUGAGCAUAGAAACUAGACCUAGUACUAACUCAAAUGAAUCUUAUGAUGGCUAUGGUUAUGUCAUGUCUGAUUAUAGUGGAACUAGUUAUGGAGCUCAAGAUGAUGAAACAGAUUAUGGACCUACUAGUUGGGUUAAUCCUAACUAUCCCAUAUAUGAGAGGACAAUAGGUAGCUCGAGAGAGACUUAUGUGCCCCAUGUUCUAACAUGGCUUACAAACUGCUCGGGUUACAUGACUUGGUAUGACUACUGUAUGAAUCUGGAUGGUUGUUCCUCAUUGUUUGAACCUCAUAGGAGCUCUUCAUUUAUGCCAUAUAGGGCGGAACCUAGGAUUGACUACGCCCAACCAGAACAGGGGCAAAAUCUCCUCCCUAUCAAUGCUUUAAAUGACGUGGGGGCAUUGCAAAGGAUGAUCAGAGAAAUGAUGGAGCCUGAAGCCAGAAGAGGAGAAAGGCCCACCUAUAGAAAGCCAUAUCCAACUUACAUUGAUCAGAUACCCUUAUCCCCAGGUUUCAAAAUACCAAACUUCACUUUGUUUAACGGAGAGGAUCCCCAUGCUUCAUCAAUUGAGCACAUAGGCAGAUUUUCCGUCCAGUGCAUAGCCAUAGAGAAUAACCCUCUGUUAAAGCUAAGGCUUUUCGGGAAUUCUCUCUCUAGACAAGCUUUCACUUGGUACACCAAUCUGCCAGCCAAUUCUGUUCAAACUUGGGAGCAGAUGGAAAGUGUUUUUUAUGACUACUAUUAUAGAAUUCAACCAGAAGUCACAAUCAGUAACCUAGCUGCCCUCAAGCAGAGUGAAGAUGAACUUGCUCAAGACUUUAUAACCAGGUUCAGAAAGCUCAAAAUGAAAUGUCGGAUCCCUAUGGAAGAAAGACACUUCAUCCAGAUGGCUUAG